UGCGGGACCCUAGACGCACAYUCUGAAUCGUCAUAUCACUAUCAACAGCGUUCGAACAGAAUGGAUGUCUAUCAAAUUGACGACGGUUUCCACUCGGACGGUGGUACUGAGACGCCACCACCCUCACCCAGUUCGGGUUCAUCGAUAGCCUCGGCUUCGGAUCAUGGCUCAUUGGAGAGUGUCGACACGGGCGGUACACAACGUUUGGCCGUACUCUCAUUCGAACAGGUGCGCAAAUUGCACGAUGUCAUGGACGAAAAAGUGGCCAUACAUGGACGUGGUAAUUUCCCCACACUCGAGGUACCGCUUAAAGACUUGGUCAAUAUGGUACGACGCAAAUUAGAGGCGGAUGUUAGUGUGGGCGGUGCCGGUGUGAUAGUCAAGGAUGUGCGCUUGAAUGGUGGCGCAGCUAGUCAUGUUUUAGCUUCCGAGGAUCAGCCAUACAAUGACUUGGACUUGAUCUAUGCCAUUGAAUUGACAUCGACACGUCACUUUGAUCGCGUCAAAUCGGCCGUGCUCAAUACAUUGUUGGACCUCUUGCCGGAGGGUGUGUGCAAACGGCGCAUUAUGCCUUGCGCUUUGAAGGAGGCUUAYGUCGGCAAGAUGGUCAAAGUGAAUAAUAAUAAUGACGGUGAUCGUUGGUCACUAAUAUCGCUCGGCAAUUCGCCAGGUCACAAGAAUGUCGAAUUGAAAUUUGUAGACACAAUGCGACGUCAGUUUGAAUUCUCAGUGGACUCAUUUCAAAUCGUUUUGGACUCGUUGCUACUCUUCUACGACUGUGCCGCUUUACCCAUAUCGGAGAAUUUCUAUCCGACCGUGGUCGGUGAGUCGGUAUAUGGCGACUUUCAGGAGGCGCUCUAUCAUUUGCAAAAGAAAUUGAUCUCAACACGACAGCCGGAAGAGAUACGCGGYGGCGGUUUGCUCAAGUAUUGCAAUCUCUUGGUGCGCAAUUAUAAGCCAGUCGAUCCGCAACAUAUCAAGACCUUAGAACGUUAUAUGUGCUCACGAUUCUUCAUCGAUUUCCCCGACAUCAAUACGCAGACCAAGAAGCUGGAGGCGUACUUGUCCAAUCAUUUCUGGGGCGUUGACGAGGAGCCCCUACAAUAUCAGUACCUGAUGCAUUUACGCGAAGUCGUCGAAAUGUCAACGGUGUGCCUGAUGGGGCACGAGCGGCGGCAGACCAUGUUGCUCAUACAGAAUUUGGCCACGAAUGUGCUCUACAAGGAGCAAAAGAAGCAGCAACAGGCGCAGGAGCAAUAUCAACAACARCAGCAACAACAGCAACAUCACCUACAUCACCAUCAUCAUCCACAACAGCAACAACAGCAGCAGCCAGUCGAUGUGCAAACAACACAAGCACAACAGCAGCAACAGCAACAACAACAGCAGUCACAUCAACAAGUAACGCUGGUCACWGCACCGCACCAACAACAACCACAACAAUUGCAGGCGCCGCAAACACAGACAAUCUACUUGCAGGCGGCGCCGACAGCGUCCCCACAAACAACAACAGCGACCAUCUGCUGUACGACAGCCACCGGUGAGCAGCAGCAACAACAAGUGCAAGUACAGCAACAGCCACAAGUACAGGCGAUACAGACGCACGCCGCGGUGGCCCAGCCGACGACCACCAUUCUCGUCUAUAACGGCGUCUACUAUGCACCUGUGAUUCCGGCUAUUUGCACAUGCAACCAGACGUGGUUGAGCACGUGAUUGACGAACGAGCCGGCGACGGGGCAAACAGACGCAACAACAACAACACCAACAGCAGCAGCAGCAUCAACCACAGCAUUAACAGCGACAACAAGCGCAACAACA